AAAACAUAUUUGAUCAAUCCAGAAUGACCCCAAAGACUCCCAUGAAAAAUGAACCAAUUGAUUUAUCAAAACAAAAAGGCUGCACCCCAGAAAGAAACCCAAUUACACCUGUUAAGCUUGUCGACAGACCUCUGGCAGAUCCCUGGACCCCCACAGCUAACCUGAAGAUGCUGAUUAGUGCUGCUAGCCCUGACAUGAGGGACAGGGAAAAGAAGAAAGAGCUCUUUAGACCAAUUGAGAACAGUGAGCAGAACGAUGCUUUUCCUGAUUCUGUACAGUAUGAUAUGGUAGAUGAUGGCACAGUGGAUGAAUUUGAAAAGCAGAGACCCAGCAGAAAACAGAAGAGCUUAGGACUCUUAUGCCAAAAGUUUCUAGCUCGCUACCCAAGUUACCCUUUGUCAGCAGAAAAAUCUACCAUUUCUUUGGAUGAAGUGGCUUCUAGUCUUGGAGUUGAGCGUAGGCGCAUCUAUGACAUAGUGAAUGUUCUGGAAUCGUUGCACCUCGUUAGCCGUGUGGCCAAGAAUCAGUACUGUUGGCAUGGACGACACAGCCUGAGUCAAACUCUGAAAAAUCUUCAGGAAAUAGGAGAGCUCCAGAAGUACGAAGAACAGAUGGCUUAUUUCCAGCAUAAAGAGCAGGACCUUGAGUAUAAAUUUGGAGACUGUAAAAAGGAGACCUUUCCGGAUUCCCAAGACAGACAGUUACUUGACUUUUCGGAGGCAGAUUGCCCCUCUGCAUCUGCAAACAGCAGAAAGGACAAGUCAUUACGGAUUAUGAGCCAAAAGUUUGUCAUGCUGUUCCUUGUCUCCAAAACCAAGAUAGUCACUCUUGACAUAGCAGCAAAAAUACUGAUAGAAGAAAGCCAGGAUGCAGCAGAUCACAGCAAGUUUAAAACAAAGGUACGAAGACUGUAUGAUAUCGCCAACGUUCUGACCAGCUUAGGGCUCAUAAAGAAAGUGCAUGUCACAGAAGAAAGGGGUCGCAAACCAGCCUUCAAAUGGAUUGGGCCUGUGGAAUUCAGUGGAAAUAGUGAUGAUCCAAGAACUGAUGUUCCAACAUCUGCUGCUUUACCAGAACUGAAACGAGGGGCGUGUGCCCAACAUCAAACCUGUCCUAAUGGAAAACAGAGGCUCGCACGGCAUGCUUCAUUUAACACUGUUCAUCCUUCUGAAGGGAUCAAAAGGAAGGUCAGCUCUGAACCCAACAGCCCACAUAGGGAGAGGCAAGCUUGCAUUGUAGGUUCAGAUGAAUACUGCUCCAAAAUGAUAAAUCUAGCAGCUGUCUGCAGACAGAAGAUGGAAAAGGAUACAAAGAAUAAAAUUUGUGCCACUGAAACAAUCUUAAAUUCAUCGAGGAGCCCAGCUAUAAUCUCUCCUUUCUCUGUUCUUCCGGAUCCUGGGGACUCUGAUUUUUGCCUUAACCCCUUACCUCACCCAGUGUUUCCUGUUGCUCACUCAGACAUGUCACACCUCUCCCUGCCAAAUGGUAUGAAUGGCCAAGUUUUGCAGACUCCCACUUUGGUCUCUUCCAAAACAGAGAAUGGGAAAACUGCUCUGCUCCCCAACCAGCCUUUUGUUUACCUCCCCUCUGCGUCUCUCUUCAUGUUGUGUGGCAGUCCUCAGGAAAGUCUGUCAAGGGAGAACCUUCCAACUACAGGAGAAAAGUGCAACAGAAGCCCUGAGGGGCAGGCCUCACCCCUAAAGCCACAAGCUGCUGUAUUUGCUGUUAACUAUCACAAGCGUAGUUCCCAGAUGUGUGCAUCUCUCUCCACGCCUGCAGCCAGCAUAGAGCCAGCUGCUAAAAGGAAGACUAUGGAGCAGAGUGAUGUCCCCCUCUCAUUGGUGCUACCCAAGAAACCUUUUGAGCCACCUGAUGUAGAAUAUCCCCUGGGAAGCAGCUGUGCCUCUAAUGUGCAUCUAGGAGCUUUUCAUCUUGACUUAGGAACUCCUGCUGCUGCUGACGAGGCUGCAGAAGAGGAUACAACUAAACCUUUAGAUUCUCAGGAGCAGGAAAAGCAAUCUCGGAACAGAGACCUUGAAGAUCCCUCACAGGGAAAAGAGCACAUCUCUCAAGAAAAUACCAAACAGCCCUUCUUUCCACAGUAUCUCUAUGUGCAGCCAGCUGCAGGAUUAAGUGGUUUUAACUUCCUGUUUUCUGCAAACCAAACCCCUGGUGCUGUUGGUCUGUCUACAAGCCAGUUACCAUCUCUUAGUGUUCCCUGUGUGGUAGUGCCGUCUACAGCCUUGGCACCCUUCCCUCUUAUCUGUUCUCCAGCAAUCACCAAUCCACUUUCUUCUGCUCCUGCUUGCUCUUUUCCAAAUACUGCGUCCACGAAUUUCAGCAUGCCUGGCCUAACGUCAACACCACCCGUCUUUAUUGGCACCACAGCAAUGGUGACUCCAAAGACCUCCAAAAUACCUUCAAUGGAUCCACAGCAACCAUUUCCUUCUGCUGUACAUUUGAGCCCUGUGCUUGGAAGAUCUUGCAACACGGUUAAACUGGAAUCCCCAGUUUGUACGGGGCCUCCAGUCACCCUUCUGAAACUACAACAGCCAUCAUCAACCCCACUUACUCCGAAGAGCAUUCGUCCUACACAUCACGAGGCAUUUUUCAAAACUCCCGGCAGCCUUGGAGAUCCUAUUGCAUGGAAGAAAAAUGAAGGCAACCAGACCAGAAAUGCCAGUUCUGUUCAGAGAAGACUAGAAAUCUCAAGUAGUGGCAGUGACUAAUCCAACUCAUUGCAAAGGUGUGGUCAUAUUGUAAUAUGACUUCAUAGUUGUUACAAAAGAAACAGCUAUCGUAUAACAAGAGGAGCAUGUUAAAAUGUCAUCCCUAUUCGCACACUUCCCUGUUGUGUAUUUGCCCACUAGUUCUUUUAACUUUCUCUUUCAUGAAUCAUCCCUAUCACUGAAAUAUCUUUAUUAAUUCCUCAUGUAAUACUGGUUAGGAUUCAAACUUUGUGUACGGUGCAGCAACGUGAGCAUCAAAUUGCAUUUAUGGUUUUAAUUUGAAAAAUAUCAUAAUGCUGUGAGGAGAUGCAAAGAGACUUACUGGAGUCUCAUGGAGCUUUUUUGUUGGUUUGUUUGUUUGUGUGGUGGGGUUUUUUUUUUUGUUUUGUUUGUUUUUUUUUUAAAUGAGCUGUCUAGCACUUAUCUAGGGUGAGUGUUUUUUACAUGUCCUUUACUUACCCUGAGUAAAUCUGUGGUAAAAUACGAUAACCUCCUGCAGUUGUAAAAGCAGCUGCUUGCUAGGUUCCAAUCUGUCAAGUUCUGCCUCAGCAAUGCAGCCUCUUGUUAUUUAUUUUGUACAUUGGAAUGGGAUUUAGUGCAAAAUGUUUGCAGCCUCAAAAUAACAGAUUUUCUCAGGGUAUGACUACUUGAAUAUUGAUUGGUUGUUGUACAGUUUUCCCUGCACUUGUUUUACAAAAGCCUGAUAAACUUACAGUAUGGAUGAAUGUAUACAUAUGAAAAAUAUUAAGACCAAAAUAACUGUGAAUCUUAACUUUUUUUGGUAGUUGUGUUAAUGAACUGUAUUAGUCCUUGUCUUGUGUCUGUUACUGGGCAAAAAGUACAAGUUAAUUGACAAAUAGUCCAGAAGCUGGUUCCUAAAUAACACCAUCUGACAAAUUAAUUUGGGAAUAGUGAACCUCUGAAAUGUUGGUCUAGAAUCUCUCUCUAAAGCCAGAUUACACUGAUGAGCAGUUAAUCACAAGAUUAGAUCCAGUUUCCAAAGGGAAUACUCGUGUGCAUAACUGUUCACCAAUGACAGUAGGGGUUUUUGGUAAUUCUCAUUAGAAAUAAUAGUUAUCCAACUACAUUUUAAUAUGCCUGGAGAUUAAGAACAAGGAUGGUCCCCCAUGAAUGGCGUAUUUGAAUACAAGUGAAAAAUGGGAGGCUUUGUAUUUAGGCACUUACGUGGCUAAAUUGUAGAAAGAGGAUAUCAAUGAGUGGGAGUCAUGAAUUUGGGAAGAGAGGGAGGUGUAGUUAUCUUUAUUCCUGGAGGGAAAGUAGGAAUAAAGAAAGGGAUAUGUCACACUUAGCAUUCAGAGUCUUCAAACAGUGGAAAUAAUGUAAUGGUUAGUACUGAUUUGAGAUGUGUUUUCACAAACUUAAUCUGCAAUUGUAUUUUUUCAGUCUUCUUUUUUAAUAUUAUCAUGUUAUUUUGAGUUUUUAUCAAAAAUAUGGGUAGCCACAUCAGCUCUUCUUUCAUGUAGUGAGAAUGUGGUGUGUUUACUGGUAUUGCUCUCUUGAGAGCAGACAGAGUCUAGUCUUGGGAGUGAAGGAUGUUUUUGUGGGGGGUUUUAUAAUGAAAUGUGUCCUUACAAUAUGGAAUUUAAGAAUGAAUUUUAGUGGAGCUGGAAGUGGGAGUACAGUGGCCUUAUGUUAGAAGUAGACCAAUAACAGCCUUAUAAGGAGGGAGUAUUUUAAUCUCUCUUUUUAAAAAAACCAACUUGACAGGAAAAUUACAACAGAAAAUUUCAGGUGUGGGAAAGGGAAACUUCACCAAUGUUAAAAUUUAAGUUUUAUUUUUUACACUACAGUUUUGCAAGUUUACAUGAUUGUAUUUGAAUCAUUUUUUCUUACACUCCCAAUUAUAAAUUGCUUUCCAAGGUGAAAUGAAGUCUGUAGCUAACAUUAAUAUUGCCAAGCAUAAAUUACAGCUACUUAUGCUGUGACUCUUCCUCAGCUACUAUGCGUCAGUACCUGUUCAGGCUUGAAACAGACUGCUAUUGUUCCAGAUUGUGACUGUAUGGAGAGUCUACUUGUGAGCAGCAUGUUAGUGAAAUGGCAGUCUGGAGGGAGGAGGAGUGAUUUAAAAUAUUAAGCCUUUUUACUCCACAGUUAAAUCAUCAUUGCAAAGCCCAUCUCAUUUUGUCAGCAAGGCUGUUCCGUUUCAUGACUGACCUAACUAUACGUAAAAAUACAGAGACAGAAAAUCUUCAGUUUCCAAUGUCUACUUCCACAUGUUGACUUUUCAUUAAAACACUGGGCCUGAUUCUGAUCUCAUUUUCACCAAUGUCAAUCAGGCAUAACUCUACUGAAGUCAGUGGAGUUAGACCAAUUAUGGUGAGAGCAGAAUCAGGCCUACUUAGCUUUUGUAAUAUACAGAGAGUGCAAGGGUUGCUAUGGGGCUUGACACUGUCCCAUUUAUGUCAAUGGCAAGACUCUCACCCAGGUAAACAGAAGCAGGAGUGAGACCACUGUGGAGUGUAAAAUAACCCAUCAAACCAUGCUACCUGCAGAAGAAUUUGCAGCAUUUAGGCUGCUGCACUUGAUUUGGAGUAUUUCUGGUAGUCGAGGCAAUGGCAGUCUACACUUCCUCUUCCAUUGUGUUCAGUCAAACAAAUCAGCAAAACUGCGAAGGUGAAGCAGGAUUUGAAUUUGCACUGAGGAAAGUGCACAUGCACGAUGUUGUGCAGGGUUUGUGAAACCUUUAUGUUCUGGUACAAGUGUUGGGGGGAGGGGGGAUGUAUAAUUUAUAUACUUGAAUUUACCUACCAGGUUUACAUUUCUCAAUUUCUUUUGUAAAAGGUGCUAUUUCUGUAUUUAAAAAGCUGUGUUUUUAAUGUAAAGCUGCUUCCUCUUUGUAUCAUUGCACUGCUAGUUUUAUAUAGAUAUUAAUUUUAUUGCUGCUUGUAACUGUUCUUCACUGGUUAGACAUUCCUCCUUUUCCUCCUAUCUAGCGAUGUUCUUUGUAGCUACCUGCAUAUAACUGUACUACAAUCACACUGUUGUUGGGUUGCAUUUUUUUUUAAUACCUUUUAGAAAAAUCUUAAAACUACAAAAAUAAUA